AGAGUAGCCUACUUUCACUCAAAAGUGGUCUUCGUAGUGUCCUCUCAGUACUCUUGUCUCCAGUCCUACGCAAUGUAUUGCUAUAACUACCACAACGCUCCCAGUUUACCACUAAACACGAGUCGACUAUCAGCACUUAAGUAUCUAGUACUGAAACUCUUCGUCACCGCUACUAACUAGCACGCGACACUUCUGUUGCCUCGCGAGUUGCGCAUGGAUCUUGCGCUGCCUGCCUGGUAACAAUACGGUACUGAACUAUGGGAAUUCCUGAGAAAUGCUGCACCUGCCUUCACGAGAUCACAGAAGAGUUUUAUUCCUCAUUCACGCCACAAAAUGAAUCCACGUGUCAUUUUGGCUUCUUUCCAUUUGAUUGCCACCAUUGGUUUUAUUCCAGUGUGUUUGUGUGCCCAGGGGAAAUAUGCAUUCAAGCUGCUGAAUGAUUUAUUUGUGAAUUACACCAGUGCAUUGAGGCCUGUGGAGGACACAGACAACAUCAUUAACGUCACCUUGCAGAUCACUCUCUCCCAGAUUAUUGAUAUGGAUGAAAGAAACCAGAUCCUCACGACAUACUUGUGGAUUCGUCAGGUGUGGUUUGAUGCCUACCUCACCUGGAAUAAGACAGACUACGAUGGGCUUGAUACCAUCCGUAUACCUAGUAGUUAUGUAUGGAGACCCGAUAUUGUCCUAUAUAACAAUGCAGAUGACCAGUUCUCCAGCUCCAUGGAGACCAAUGUGGUGAUCCGCCAUGAUGGCCAGAUUAUGUGGGACCAGCCUGCAAUAUCCAAGAGCUCUUGCAAAGUGGAUGUGUCUUUUUUCCCUUUUGAUGCCCAGCAGUGCCGCCUCACCUUUGGCUCUUGGACCCACAACGGUAACCAGAUGGACCUUCACAAUGCCCUGGACAGUGCUGAUCUGGCUGACUUUGUGGAGAAUGUAGAGUGGGAGGUUCUGGGAAUGCCUGCUAAGAAGAACGUUAUUCUCUAUGGCUGCUGCUCAGACCCCUAUCCAGAUAUCACCUACACACUUCACCUAAAGAGAAGAGCUUCCUUUUAUAUCUUUAAUCUGCUCAUUCCGUGCAUGAUGAUCUCCUUCUUGGCUCCGCUUGGCUUCUACCUGCCAGCCGACUCUGGAGAGAAAGUGUCUUUAGGGGUCACAGUGUUACUAGCCCUUACUGUCUUCCAGCUUCUGGUCGCGGAGAGCAUGCCUCCUUCAGAGAACGUGCCACUCAUUGGGAAGUAUUACAUUGCCACAAUGACCAUGGUUACAGCUUCUACAGCCCUGACCAUCUUCAUUAUGAACAUUCACCAUUGUGGACCAGAGGCCCAACCUGUUCCUACAUGGGCACGCCGUUUUAUCCUGCACUACCUGGCUCGAAUUUGCUUCGUCUAUGACAUGGGAGAGGGCUGCCUGUCUGUGCACACAGACAAAACUGCUCAAAAGGGAAACAACUGCACUAUAAUUGGCCAGGCCGGGGGUGAGGACUUCACUCUGAGGGUACGAGGCAUUUCAGCCAGUGACGGUUGUUCACAGAAGAUAAAAGAUCAAUUAAAUGAGGAUGUCAGUCCAACAUUAUCACUACGGCAAGGAAAGGAGUGUCACACUGGCUGGACAGAUGGUACCUGUGUGGGCAUUGACCAUGGAGAGGUUGCAGGAGCUACAGGAGAGAGAGUAUUGGAAAGCGGAGCGAGUGGAAUAGAAUCGGCGAAGAAAAGGGAGAUAGUUGUUGAAGGUCAGUGUUUAUUCCAUCAACAAAGCCUCUUGAGGAAUAUCGAGUACAUCGCUAACUUUUAUCAAGAGCAGAAGGCCACACAGAGACGAAACGGGGAGUGGCGGAAAGUUGCCAAAGUCAUGGAUCGCUUCUUUAUGUGGAUAUUUUUCAUCAUGGUCUUCCUGAUGAGUUUGCUUAUUAUAGGGAAAGCUGUCUGAAUGCUUGAUAUGAAAGACAUCAGGGGCCUCAUGCGUACUGUAAAUGUCUGUGCAGUUAUCAUACUAAUGAAUGGAAAAAUUUGCAAAUGCAAAAAUUUUCAUCAAAUUGUCAUCAACACUGAUGGAACUCCCUUGUGAAAAAGAAGUGUGCCUAACUGUAUUGAAUGUGCACUAGUAGCCAACUUCAGAUCUCAAAGGUUUAUUUUUUAAAAACUGUAUUUGCAAAUAAUAUAAAUUAAUUAAAUAAAAGGCCACUUAUUGUACUUAAAGAGUACAGAGUGCACUGUAAUAAUGUCCAAUUAAAAGUAUAACUUUAGUACAUUUUAAAUUAUGUUUUUUUUUUUUUUUUUUGUCAGUUUAAAAUAGUACACUUAUAUUUAUGUGAUGACUUACUAAAGCACAUGUAAAGUUCUUGAUAUAAUUUAACUUUAAAGUUAAUAUAUUUAUGAUAAUGUUAAAUGGUAUUUAUGGUAAAUUAGCACUUCAUCAUUACAAAUGUGUAACUACUACAAAAGUAUUUAAAUACAUGAAAUACAAGUUUCAAUAGAAAUUACAUUAAAGUAUGUUUUUGUUUACCCUAAAUGCUUCUCAGUAGAUUCGGCAGUACACUUUAAACAUAUUUCAAAAUCAAUAUGCACUUAAAAGGAUAGUUCACCCAAAAAUAAAAAGUCUGUCAUUAUUUACAAGUUGUUUCAAACCUGUGUGCUGAACCCAAAAGAAGAUAUUAUGAAGAAUAAUGGGUAACCAAACCAUAGUAUGCGGGAAAAAAAUAUAUUUUUUUUCUAUCAUCAUUUUUCAAAAUAUUUUCUUUUGUGUUUAGCAGAAGAAAGAAAUUAAUACAGGUUUGGAACAACUCGAGGGUGAGUAAAUGACAGAAUUUUCAAUUUUGGGUGAAAUAUGCCUAUAUAUAGUAUAUUCUUUUAAAGUAUAUUAUUUCCGUAAUAAGUAGGCCUACUUUUUUUUUUUAAGUAUGCUAAAGUCUACUUCCUUUUCACAAGGGCAAGCUGGACAUACUAAGUCUCAUUUGUUCUUGUAUCAUUGAUUGUAUAUUGUUGAUAAAUCCAGAUUAUUCUAAAUGAGGGAGUGUGUGCCCACAGUAAUUAGCAAUUAGCAUAAUACACUGCUCGAAAAAUUAAAGGAACACUUUGAAAACACAUCAGAUCUCAAUGGGGAAAAAUAUGCUGGCUAUCUAUACUGAUAUGGACUGGGUAAUGUGUUAGGAA